CAAAAGCAAGUGAGCACCGGGUGAACAACUAGCCAUAAACUCUGUUGUACACGCGACGAAGAAGCUCAGAACAGGAUCUCAAGAGAUAAGAGGUUUGGAAGAGCCUUUCGGCAAAAGAUGGCGCGUCCGGCGAUGCUGCCAGCGGCAGCCGUAGCCCUGUGCGCGGCGGUGCUGGCCCUAGCGGCGCUCGACGGCGGCGUGCGGGCGCAGCAGCUGAGCCCGGGGUACUACGACGACUCGUGCCCGCACGUAUACGACACGGUCUCCGUUGAGCUGGCAGGAGGUCCGUACUGGAGGGUGAUGCUGGGCCGGAGGGACAGCAAGGCAGCCGACUUCGACGGCGCCCAAAACCUCCCGGACCCCAAGGAAUCGUUGAAAGACCUUAAGAAGAAGUUCGCCGACGUCGGCCUCGACGACACCGAUUUCGUCGCGCUCCAAGGAGCGCACACGAUCGGGCGCGCGCAGUGCCAGUCCAUCCAGGACAGGCUCUACAACUUCAGCAGCACGGAGCAGCCGGACCCAACGCUGGACCAUGGGUACCUCGCCGCGCUCCGGCAACGCUGCCCGGCGGCGGCGCCGGGCGACGACGGCACGGCGCUGAACGACCUCGACCCGGCCACGCCGGACACGUUCGACAACAGCUACUACGCCAACAUCCAGUGCAACCGCGGCCUACUCAGGUCCGACCAGGCGAUGCUCUCCGCGCCGGAGGAGGGCGCGGAAUCCACCGCGCCCAUCGUCGGGCGCUUCGCCCACAGCCAGGCCGAGUUCUUCCAGAGCUUCGCGACGGCCAUGAUCAAGAUGGGGAACAUUGCGCCGCUGACAGGGAGCAUGGGGGAGGUCAGGAGGGACUGCAGGGUGGUGAACUGAAGUGGAUGUUGUUCUGGAGUACGGGUUGUUCAUUGCCGUGAAAAGAAAGCGUGUUGAUUCCAUCAA